GAGACUUCGAAUAGUCAUGUACAAGAGGGGAAUUGCAGCAGUGAAUUGAAGUAUCGCACGCAAAGGCCUUGCAACGGAAUCCGCCUUGGCAUAUUCACGGUAUCGACCGUCGUCUUAACCCCACCCCCACGUCAGGUGGUAAUGGACUCCACUAUUAAGAGCCAAGGGCAUGAUACACAUGCGAUACCGCCUCAAGCUGUAUGCAAUGCGUACAAAAAAUAUCAGAAAAUGGAGGACGAGGCCGUCGACCAAGAUCUCGAUGUUCUCGAUUUCGCCCGUGGACUGGCGGAAGCGCAAACGAAGAAGCUAGUCGCUAUUGAUACAGUCUCAUCUGAGCUAGUUGAUUCGGCGUGGAAGGCAUUCAAAAGUGAUGGGGAAAGGAUUGUUGUCGCCGAUGAAGAAGAGUCGGCCAGCCUUCCAGAACAUUGCACAAUCUACGAGCACAAGGACUUUCCUGGCCUAAGACUCCUUCCCUCCCUUCUCCCACCAGAAGUCCAAGUCCUCCUCGUCUCUUCCCUGCUGCACCGCGACCUCGCCAACCCCCAACACAAAACUAACAUCCACCACGACUACACGAUUCCCUACGCGCCUCCAAUAACCUCCUCAUCUCCCCAGCGAGAAUCAUUCUUCAUCCUCCCACCGCAUGCCAAGGAUCAGAUGCUCACGCCGCUCAACCCUUUAUCAAACCACAAGCCAUUAAACAUGACGCAAUUCCUCGUCAAGAAGCUCCGUUGGUUGACGCUCGGCUCACAAUAUGACUGGACCACCCGAUCGUAUGACAAGGACAAAGCGAUGCCUUUUCCGGCGAAUAUUGCGAGGCUGGUAAAAGGGUUGUUUAAGAGUGCGUUUGAGCCCGAGAGUGGGGUUGUGCUGAUUUAUGGGAGCAAGGAUUACAUGCCUGUGCAUCGGGAUGUAAGUGAGGAGUGUGAGCGUGGGCUGGCGAGUUUUAGUUUGGGGUGUGACGGGCUGUUCAUUCUUUCGAGGGAGAAGGAUCGACAAAAUGGAGAGGAACGGAACGGUGUCGAGAAAGAAUUGGACGAGGAUCGAGAGAUGGAGCUGCUGGUUCUGAGAGUGAGGAGCGGAGAUUGUGUCUGGAUGGGAGGAGAGGCGAGGUGGUGCUGGCAUGCGAUGCCAAAAGUUAUGGCAGGAACUUGCCCCGAGUGGUUAGAAGAAUGGCCCGUCGAGAAGAAUGGAGACGGGAAGGGCAGGAAGGAGUAUGAGAGAUGGAAGGGGUUUAUGAAGGGGAAAAGGGUCAACAUCAGUUGUCGUCAGGUUUGGGGAUAGUCACCAUUUUGACUCCAAGGUAUUCGAAAGAAUGAGAUGUGGUCGCAGCACUAGACCAUUGUCUAUUUCUAUCUGGCUCUAAUAUGCCAGAUGCUUUAGUCCCUCUACCAACGACCCUCCGCGGGAUCAGGAGGAUCGGAUAGAGUGGAAAACUAAAAUGGUUAGCAAAUUGAAGGAAAGAUUUCGGAGCAAUUAUGCGAGAUUCACGUAUGUUCCAAAGCCGAUAGCUGGCAUCCGGAAGCCUGAUGAAAGUUUGAAAGUCGUUUUGUUGUUGACAGCCAUCUUUUGCAAGCGUCAGGAUUGAAUUAACGAAAACAAAAGAUGAGAAGAAUGGGAGAGUGAGCGAAACUUAAAACUUUGCUGAAAACGACCAAAAGCGCUAGGAUACGUCGUUCAUGCAUUGAUUGCUGGAGAACGUUGCGAGCUGCCUGAAUAGGAGAU